GUAGUCACUGCGCGUCGGCAUGGAACAUUAGAUCGUUGUAGAAAUUCGUUUUUUACUUAUUUUUUUUAUUUUUUUCUUCUCACUUUGCAAAUUCAAUGGGUGGAUUGAAUAGAAAGAAGAAGUAUCUGCUACUCUUGGUCUUAAUACUUAGCACUGUGUUCUUUGUGAUUCAAAUCACUGUGCAACUAGAACGUGAAUCCAGUACCACAUUGAAUAUCGGUGAACUGAAAAUCCUUGCCAACUUAAGUGCGCUGUCGGGAGAAUUCGAAGGAUUUAUCUUCAAUCGGAUGGUUCUGGUGAAUUCGAAGAAGAAGAGUGAUUUUUAUUUUUUUGAAAAAUACAUCACUGACGGAAUUGGAGCGUUUCGUGAACUACCAGAUACGCGUGAUGAAGUAUGCAAAGAACGUUUAUUCAAUGUGCCGAAAAAAUCUAAAGUAUCUGUGAUAAUCGUAUUUAGAAAUGAAGCACGAUCUACGCUUUUGCGAACAAUAGUUUCGGUCUUGCAAAGAACACCGCAACGUUUUUUGAACGAAAUCAUUGUUAUUGAUGAUUUUAGUGAUGAUGAAACAAUCCUUACCGAUCUGGUCAAGUUACCCUUCGAAGGUGAUUUUAUAAAAUCUCACCGCAAUCGUAAGCACAACAAAGGUCUGAUUGAAUCACGUAAUCUGCGAGCAAAACUUGCCACCGGUGGUGAUUACAUUGUAUUCCUCGACAGCCAUUCAGAGGUAAAUGUUGGCUGGAUCGUACCACUAUUAGACCGCCUAGCCUCAUAUCCAGCAAUGGCCGUAAGUCCGGUAUUGGAUAGCAUUGAUGCGACAACAUUUCAAUACCUAGCCAGUUCAAAGGAUCUCAAAGGCGGAUUCGAUUGGAAUUUACACUUUCGUUGGAUACCAAUCGGGGAGGAGGAACGCGAAGCUAAAAACCAUCCAUCAAACCCAUUUACGAACAUAAUAUUCUUUUUUGGCGUGUUGAUAUCCCGAAAUUGGUUUUUCAAAUUGAAUGGAUUCAACCCACUUCUGAAGGGUUGGGGAGGUGAGUCAAUUGAAAUGUCCAUAAAACUGUGGCUAUGUGGCGGCCAAAUUGAGAUUGUGCCCUGUAGCCGGGUGGGUCAUGUAUUCCAAAGGACCAACAAACAGCAUCCGCAGGAUCUGCCUAAUGAAGAGCAACAUCUAAGGAAUCGUAAAGUCAUUGCUGAGUCCUGGCUGGACGAGUACAAGUAUUUUUUCUUCACUUUGAAUCCGUCGUUGGUUGGUGUUGCUGAUGUGAAAGUCAAUGGGACACUAACUUCAUCAACAGGACACGACAACAACAAUGAUAUUCGGAGUCGUCGUCGAAUUCAAAGGAUUAAAAAGGAUGGACAGUGUCGCCCGUUUUCAUGGUUUUUGCUAACCAUUUUCCAGGAACUCAAAUUGCCAAACUCAGAUUACAUUGCAUUUGGAAAAUUGAGUUCUGGAGGAAAGUGCUUGAAAACUGUUUCGGCCGCAUUUGGCGCCGGUGGAACAUUUCCAGAUGUUGUCUUUAAAAAAUGCUACCAUGGUGAUGCGAGCUAUUGGUUUCUCAGUAAAAAAGAUGGCCGUCUAGUAUCCGAUAUGGGGACUUGUUUGAGUGUGGGUACUAAAAAAUCGAAUGACAGUCAGUGGCCUGUAGAAGUGAGACAGAUGGCAGUGGUCUUAGAGGAAUGUAACAAUGCAAAAAGCUGGAUGUGGAAGGGUGGCAAAUUAAUUUAUGGAAACACUCAAAUGUGUCUAGAUAAUCGGCUCAGUAAGACUGUAACAAUGACGGAAUGUCGAAGGGGUGUUGCUUCACAAUUAUUCAGGUUUUCAGUUGGAGGAAAGUCAGGAUAGUUUCGUGUUGAAAUGUAGUAUAGUAAAGAAGAACUAAUCAAAGGUGUUAGUUUGAUGGACAAGGAACUUUUUAAGUAUAACUUCUAACAAUAAAAUGUUUUGAAAACGGUUGGAUUUUAACAUAAUCAUGCAAAAAAUUACUUUGUUAUGUUUUUUUUUACCUAUUUUAAACAUUUUUUGAGCAAAAAGUUAAUUUUUGGAUUUUUGACGAAUUUAAU